AUGCCGUCGGCUACUACAGGACAACGAGCAUUCAGACGGCCAGGGUCUAUUGACGAAACGAUCAAAGCCUCAAACCAUCCCGACAACAUGAGCCCUCCGGACAGCGAACGGUCGCUGGCCGCUGCGAAAGAGGCCACCGAUGCCUUCACCAAGGAAGAGAAAGAUCCAUUUACUGUCAAGAAAGAGUCAGUCAAGCCGGGUAUCACCUUCGCCGCACAAGACAAGCUUCCCAAGCUCCCAAUCCCAGACCUGGACUCGAGCGGCAAAAAGUACCUGGAAGCGCUGGCACCUCUACAGUCUUCCAGAGAGCAUGAAGAAACGAAAGCCGCAGUCCGUGACUUUGUGCAGCAUGACGGCAAGGACCUGCAGGACAAAUUGAAGAAAUAUGCUUCAGACAAGACAAGCUAUCUUGAACAGUUCUGGUAUGACUCCUACUUGAACUACGACAAUCCGGUUGUCCUCAAUCUCAACCCUUUCUUCCUUCUCGAGGAUGACCCCACGCCAGCCAGGAACAACCAAGUCAAUCGUGCAGCCUCCUUGGUCAUAUCAUCUCUCUGCUUCGUAAGAGCAGUUCGAAAGGAAGAGUUACCACCCGACACUCUCAGAGGAACGCCUUUGGACAUGUUUCAAUACUCGAGAAUGUUUGGCACCGCGCGUGUUCCUACAGACAACGGCUGUAUCAUCGGACAAGACUCCGACUCCAAGCACGUUGUUGUCAUGUGCAAGGGACAGUUCUACUGGUUCGAUGUACUGGAUAUGAAUAACGAUCUCAUCAUGACCGAGAAGGAUGUCGCCUUGAACCUACAGUCUAUUGUUGAUGAUGCUGAGCAGACACCGAUUCAGGAAGCUGCCAAGGGCGCCAUUGGUGUGUUGAGUACGGAGAAUCGAAAGAUCUGGUCCGGCUUACGUGAUGUCCUCACCCGCGAAGAAGGCUCAACCAAUGCUGAGUGCUUAAGUAUAGUCGAUUCUGCACUGUUCGUUGUAUGUCUCGACUACACUGAGCCAGCUGAUGUAUCUGAACUUUGCGGCAACAUGCUCUGCGGCACGAAUGAAGUGGUCAAAGGCGUGCAGGUGGGAACCUGUACUAACAGGUGGUACGACAAGCUGCAGAUUAUCGUUUGUAAGAACGGUAGCGCGGGUAUCAAUUUCGAGCAUACAGGUGUGGACGGCCAUACGGUCCUGCGGUUUGCUAGCGAUGUGUAUACCGACACUAUCCUUCGAUUUGCGAGGUCUAUCAACGGUCUAGCACCAACUCUGUGGGCAACCAACAGUGCGGAUCCAUCCAAGAGAGACCCCGAAAGCUUCGGAGAUGUGAGCACAACUCCCCACAAGCUGGAAUGGGAUAUGAUCCCCGAACUCCAGAUUGCCUUGCGAUUUGCAGAAACACGACUGGCUGAUUUGAUCAACCAGAAUGAGUUCCGCACACUGGAAUUCAAGACGUACGGCAAGAAUUUCAUUACGUCCAUGGGUUUCUCACCUGAUGCUUUCGUGCAAAUGGCGUUCCAGGCCGCUUACUACGGCUUGUGGGGUCGAAUCGAGAACACAUACGAGCCCGCGAUGACCAAGAUCUUCCUUCACGGACGUACGGAGGCCAUAAGAUCUGUCACUCCGGAAAGUGCCGAUUUUGUCAAGACAUUCUGGGCAGACAAAUCGCCCCAGCAGAAGAUCGAUACCCUGCGAGCAUCAUGCCAGAAGCAUGUCACCGUCACCAAAGAAUGCAGCAAAGCGCAGGGAUUUGAUCGCCACAUGUACGCGCUUUAUUGCGUAUGGCAGCGCAAGGUGAAUGAAGAGGGUGCAGAAGCUGCGAGCAGCACAGGUUUCAGCUCCAAUGGCUACUCUAGCCCAGCCGACACGAGUGACAUGGGCAGCCCGAAGCGUCUUGAAGAGAAGGAGUCCGCAACUCGGUCCAGAGCUCCCACUGAUGCAAGUUUGAGUCGAUCGCCCGCGCCAUCUCUACAUCAGAUGCCCGCGCUCUUCACUGAUGCCGGUUGGGAAAAGAUCAACAACACUGUGCUGAGUACGUCCAACUGCGGUAACCCGUCUCUUCGUCAUUUCGGAUUUGGACCAGUAUCCGCCGAUGGAUUUGGUAUUGGCUACAUUAUCAAGGAUGACUCAAUUUCCAUCUGUGCCAGUAGCAAGCACAGACAGACUCAAAGAUUCGUUGACAGCAUCGAGAGCUAUCUCAACGAAAUCCGGCGUCUCCUCAAGUCAACCAAGGGCAAAGAUGCACAUGCUAGUAAGGUAUCCAGGGCGAGAGAAGCAGAGGAGAAGAUGGGCAGCGAUGGUAGGCUCAAGUCCCGUGGGCGAGUAAUCAAGACAGACACACAAAAGGCGGAUGCAGAAUCACGUGGGAUUCAGACGCCAACAAGCAUCGACACGAACGAAGUCGAAGAUGAUGGAUUGGGCGGAUAUGGCUUCUUCGAUGCGGGGAUGCUGCUACAAGCUCUCAAGAAGAAGCAUGAACCUCAGCCAGCAGAGCAGAUUGCGCAGAGGCGCAAGGCAGUUGGCAAGAAACUCGCUUUGACAGAGUACUGA